CAGUGCGUCACCAGAACCCCUGGAAACUAACAUGCAAGUCCAGAAUAGAGAAUUAAACGAGUUAGAGAAACUGUAUUAAAAUAACAUUCAUAUUCAUUUUUUGCGUGUUUAAGCGCUUUAAGAUUUGAAAUCCGUUAGUUUGCCCGUGACUGGAAUACACAUCUGUUGCGGUUGAAGUGAACACAAUUGUGUCACAGAUAUCCAAAGUCAUCACUAUACUGGGAAAUAAAGCGCUGGUCGGACACAGUCGUGCGUCUUGGGAAAGUGCGUUGAACUUGGCGGCAGAGUUCACCCGACAGCAUGAAGUCCGCUGAGGAAGAUGUGUACAGUUACAGCCCAAACACCACCAUCUCUCUUCCUCUGAGCAAUCCCUGCCCAUCCUCCCAAUAUCACAACCUGCAGACUGCUUCCUUGUCAAUAUCCAUCAGUCAGCCUUCCUCUUUCUCCCCCCAUGACGAUAUGAGCACAGUGGGCUACUUCCAAACGUCCGGCCCUCGGUCUAAUGGAGCUCCAACGCUGGAGAGUCCUCGCAUCGAGAUUACAGCCUACGGCCAGUUCCCGGAGGAUGCAGUGGAGGAGAACAGCAUGCCUGUUGCCAAGCGAGUCAAUUCCAUUGUGACGUUAACGUUGCCCAAUGUUGACGGUUAUCGUGACCCCACUUGCCUCAGCCCUGCAAGCAGCGUGUCCUCCCGUAGUUGCCACUCGGAUGCGUCGUCGUACGAGUCUGGCUUCUCGUAUAACUACGAUAAUUCACCUCAGAACUCGCCAUGGCAGAGUCCCUGCGUCUCCCCUAAAGGUUCCUCAUCACUGCAGUCUUGCACCCUUGGUGCUUCUCCAAGACAUUCUCCAUCUGGUUCUCCUCGUACAAGUAUCACUGACGAUAACUGGAUGGUCCCUCGAGGGUCGCGACCAAAUUCCCCUUGUGGCGGCAAGAGGAAGUACAGCUUCAACGGCAGUCAGUCGCACAAGUACAAUCCGUACUCGCCAAACCAAUCACCGGGGCUGUCUCCACAAACUUCACCUCGUCUUAGUGUGAGUGAGGACACCUGGAUGCCCAACACCAACCAGUACACCAACUCUGCUAUCGUUGCCGCCAUUAACGCCCUCACCACCGACGGAUUAACAGAUCUUGGGGAAGGGAUCCCUUUGAAGGCCCGCAAGACCAGUCUGGAGCACAACGCCUCAAUGAACCUAAAAGUAGAACCAGGUGGAGAGGAGACCGGAUCUCUGGAGCUUUGCCAGGAAGACUUCUCCUCAACACGUCUGCCCUUUAAAAAAGAAACCUAUUGCAGUGGCUUUUUGGACGUUCCACAACAUCCAUAUUGGUCCAAGCCAAAGCCUUACAUGAGUCCAUCUUUGCCUGCUCUUGACUGGCAGUUGCCUUCUAGUUCAGGACCCUACAGCCUACAGAUUGAUGUUCAACCCAAAUCCCAUCACCGUGCUCACUACGAGACUGAGGGAAGCAGGGGGGCUGUGAAAGCACUGGCAGGAGGACAUCCAGUGGUCCAGCUUCACGGCUACAUGGAGAGUGAGCCUUUGACCCUGCAGCUGUUUAUCGGCACUGCAGAUGACCGUCUCCUGCGACCUCACGCCUUUUAUCAGGUCCAUCGAAUAACCGGAAAGACCGUGUCCACGCCAAGCCACGAAGUGCUGCAGUCCAACACCAAAGUUCUGGAGAUUCCUCUACUCCCCGAGAGCAACAUGAGGGCCAUAAUCGACUGCGCUGGAAUUCUCAAGCUGCGGAACUCCGACAUUGAACUCCGGAAGGGAGAGACAGACAUCGGUCGGAAGAACACGCGUGUGAGGAUGGUGUUUCGCGUUCACAUCAACCAGCCAAACGGCAGGACUGUGUCCCUACAGGCGGCAUCCAACCCCAUCGAGUGCUCCCAGCGCUCAGCACAGGAGCUGCCCCUCGUGGAUAAACAGAACAUGGAAAGCUGUGGAGCUUCAGGAGGCGAGCAGAUGCUUCUCAGUGGGCACAACUUCCAGCCCGACUCCAAGGUGGUGUUUGUGGAGAGAGCACAAGAUGGCCAUCACAUAUGGGAAAUGGAAGCCAAAGUGAACAGAGAGUCCUUUAAAUCUGUGAGUUUGCUUGUGGAAAUUCCACCAUACCGGAACCAAAGAAUAUCCAGCCCGGUUCAAGUGAAUUUUUACGUGUGCAACGGCAAACGAAAGAGGAGCCAGUACCAACGUUUCACGUACCUGCCCACAAACGUACCAACCAUAAAAACAGAGCCGCACGACGACUACGACCUCCCCCAGGUAUGUACGCCGCUGCAUCCCGCCGGGUUGGCUUUGCAUCCAAAGCCCUACUACAGCCCCCCAGCGCUGACUCCCAUGAUGCCCACAGAACUACGGCCCUGCGUCACAAGCUCAUUUGUAACCAGCCCUCAGAGACUGGUGGCAAAACCCACCUCCUUGUCCUGUUCGUCCUCCCCAAGCACCAGCCCCACACUACAGGAUCUUUCUCCACCUCACCUUCCUACUAAGUGCCUACCUGCAGGAUCAAACCUGGGGCCCCAGUCUCCUACAAUCCCACACGUAUCCGCCAUUCAGCCGACGCCUGGACGCUACCCACAGCCCAUCCUUUACCCGACGGGAAGCGCCUCGUCCUCUCCGGGCUCCCAUCCUUCAACCCCAAACUCAGCACCAGAACUCCCCUUCACUCCCAACCAUGGUUUAACCCAAUCACAGGCCACCAGCGAGGCCCCAGUGCUGGCGGCUCAGAUAACCAAAGGACCGGCGAGGGGUGGAUCGUCGCCCCUCCUGCAAGAAGAGGAAGAAACCCCCACCAUGCUGGCUGUCAGCAUCAAGCAGGAACCGCAGGAACUGGAUCAGAUGUACCUUGAUGAUGUUAAUGAAAUCAUCAGGAACGAUCUCUCCAGCAUUUCCGUGCACAGCCACGCGUAGCAGCUGAAGGUCCCUCUGAGAAAACCACAGCGAUCACAGACUCCUGAAGAUCCAGAUUAACAAGACCUGACUCUGACAACCAUCAGAACUGACUGAACUCUGCUUCUUCUAUUUCCACGGGGGACUGAAAGCACAAAAGAAAAGUGCACUUCACUCCAAAAUUUAUCAGCGCGUCCUGCCAAUACAGAGUGCGCUCUUAUGGACCAAAUUAUUUCUCGUUUUUUUCCCUAUAUAUAUAUAUACUCUCUUGUACUCGUGUAGCUUUUUAAAUUAUUACCAUAAGUGCAGUUUGAACACCGCCUCUGUACACAAUCGUGUAUAUUUCUAAAAAGAAGAUUUGCAUCGAAGACAAACUUGAGUCUGGUCACAAAUCAGCAACUUUGCAGGCCAAGAACCAGACACGCGGUGGACACAUGCACAGAUCUAAAUUAUAACCCAUGCCUUUUUGUGUUAUGUUGGAUGCAACGCUGGCUCUUUUGUUUAUAUGUUUUUGUUAUAUUUCAUCAUGUAAUGGCACAAUUAAGUGAAGUAUCUAUUUCUCAACUAUUGACACGGAUUGCCUUUGUGGGCAGAUUUGUUUAUUUUGAAGCCUUUACCGCGUUGGUAAGCCCGAGAGGCCUUAUUGACUUGCCUUAAAACCUUAUGCCGGAUUGUAGUUUUGUUCUUCAUUUGACAGCAGAUGUCUGUGUCUACUUAUGUCUGAAAAGCCAUUCCAAUGUUUAUAGCUUUUUUAUAAUGGGGUAUGAUUACUUGUUAACUGGAAUUGUAUGAAUAGACUAGACUAGACUAGAAUUUAUUUAUUUGGAGUGAGCUGGAAUAAUCAAACGCAGGCCAUAAGGGAGGUAUAGCAAAUCGAUUCCCUCAUCGGUCACAUUUCAAUAAAAGUUGUGACCAGAGAAUGACUGGGCUGGCAUUGUCAACCAUUCAAUAUUAUUAUUCUAGCAAGGCACGAUUGUUUCCGCUCUGUUGAACUGCCUCUGAACAGCAUACGUUUCACUAUAACUGCCUCUCUGACCUGAUGGUUUACUGCACUGUGCCUUAAAGUGUUUAUUAAGCAGGAAUACUUUUUAUAUGUAUUUUUUGUCCUCUCGAAUUAUAAACGUAAUGCAUGUUUCUCAGCAUAUAAUGAGAUUUUGGGCAGGAGUUUAAGUCCUGUACAUUGUAUCCUUUGUCUGUAGAUCAUUAGGCAAUAUAUGCACUUUAAUUUGUAUUUUUCUUUAACAGCAUUUCGAGAAUACCACAUUGUUUCCUUUUGUUGUUAUUGACAAUCAGGCCUAAUUCACAAAGGGAAUAUAUUCUUCCACAGGGUAUCAACAAUCAAAUUGUUGAUCGUUUUUCUUUCAUGUGUAUGUAUAUGUAUUUACCGAUGCUAGUCAUGUUUCUACGGAGCAAGCGUUAUCGUUUCAGUACCAAAAUAUGCACAAUAAAAUCAUGCUUUGUUGGCUCUUUUA